AUGCAGAGUUUUGUGUUGAUGGUUUUGAGCGUCACUUUCCUGCAUAUGACCCUCGGCUUCAGGAGCCUCAAGCCCAUGGACAUUCCGGACCUCAGACCAGAGACCGUACCAGAGACCAUAUCAGGAUUAAACCAUGUUGAAAAGGAGGAGGGGCUAACGCAGAAGCUGUUGCGAUUGGACGCUCUGAACAGGAAGGAGAACGACAUUAUGGAUCCAAAGAAGAAACGAGGAUUUGGGGAAAACAGCGCCCCCUUAGACCGACUGUCAGGAGGCGGCAUGGAGGCACACAAGACCAGUAAAGUCUCAGAGGCGUCGCGACGGAAGCCCAGUCCUCCAAUCGACCGCAUCGGAACAGGCCAUCUCCCGGGCAACAAGGGAUAA